AUGCACGAACUCGACUUGGGUUCGUUCAAGGACAAUGCUGGACUGGAGUGUGAGGAGCUGUCUCGUCUUGUCUCCAGAAUGACGUCCCUUCGGGCACUGGCAUGCGGUUCUCGGAAACUGACAAGCAAGGCGCUCGCUUCUCUCGUGUCGCAGCCCCAUCUCUCCAAGUUACAAAUCUCCAAUUCCUCUCAAGAUUUCCUCAGAGCCGUAAAAGGUGACGCCAAAGUGUUCCUCUCAAGUCUGCACCAUCUUCGGAUAGUAGAAGAUGAUCUCACACAAUUCGCGCAAUUGCUCAACAAAAUGCGUCCCAUCGAGCUUCAAACACUUUCGAUUGCUUGCAUUGGAACGCCAAAAACAAUGGACUUGGCUGGUGUUCUGAAGAUACUCGAAGAAGGCAGCAAUGGAGACCUACGCGAAAUCACGAUCAAGCAAGUACCUCCCAAAAACCGCUUUGAAGUCGUCAUCCCCGACGAAACCGUCGUCAUCGAUAGCAUGACCCUCCAGCCGCUCCUCGCCUUCAAAGAUCUAACCACCAUCUCAGUCGACCUGCGCUGCACCUUCCUCCUAACCGACGCCGAGUUGACCUUUAUGGCAGAAGCCUGGCCACGCCUGCAGCACCUCCAGCUCGGCUCGAUGCAGGGCUGGGGCAUCGACACCAACGUCACCUUCGUCGGUCUGCUGUCUCUCCUCCGGCUCUGCCCCGACCUCCGCUACCUUGUGCUUCCGUUCGACGCCCGUGCACACGAGCAGCUCGACGCCUCUGCCAUCGCACCUGAGUGCACCAACACGAAGAUCACGUAUCUCAACGUUAGUAAUGCGCCUGUCCCGUUCCUCAUGACCCACCCCGUAGACAGAGAGCUCGGGGUCAACAAGCGGAAUGACAACUUGGCGAAGGUGGUCGCGCGCGUUCUGCUCCGCGUGCUCCCGAACUUGUGCGGAAUUGGAGGGAGUUGGUUGUACCAUGGAGGCGAGACUGGGACAGUAGCGGAGAUGGGGUGGUUGCUAGUUGGUCAUACCCUGACACAAGAGCGGGUGGCUACAGUAGGAUGA